AUGAGUAGAAACCGUUUCGAAAUACUAAUUCGAUGUUGGCAUUUCGAAGAUACAUUUUAUAUGGGCUUAUCAACAACAGACCGUUUAGUAAAAAUAAGACGUUUUGUAGAAACCAUUUCUAAAAAGUUUAACAUGUUCAAAACACCUGGAGAGUUUCUCACUGUUGAUGAAACAAUGGUGGCUUUUCGUGAUCGGAUUGCUUUUAUGCAGUACAUACCUGGAAAACGAAACAAGCAUGGCAUAAAAAUAUUUAAAAUUUGCGUUGACGAUGGAUAUACAUAUGACCUGAUUGUUUAUGAAGGGAAGAAGACUACGUCUACAUCAACUCAAAAUGUAUCAUCUAAAAUUGUCAUGAAACACAGAAAUGUAUUAAAACGCUGGAAGAAGUAUUGUUACUGA